AUGGGAAGGGCGGUGGAAGCGGAGCUGCGAGACGUGCUCUGCGUCCAGUCCUGCGGCUCCGCCUUCGCGGCGCUGCGAAAGGACGGCCGCGUGGUCACCUGGGGAGAUGCUGUGCGCGGCGGCGACAGCCGCAUGGUGGCGGAGCAGUUGCAGGAGGUUCAGCACAUCCAGGCCUCCGGGGCUGCCUUUGCGGCGCUCAGAGGCGACGGCUCCGUGGUGACCUGGGGCGACGAGGCCCGGGGGGGCGACAGCUCCAGCGUGCAGCACCGGCUGCAGGACGUGCGCCAGGUGCAAGCCUCCAGCUCCGCCUUCGCGGCGCUGCGGGGGGACGGCACUGUGGUGACUUGGGGCUGGGACGACUGCGGCGGCCACUCCUCCGGUGGUUGGCCCUUCGCCUAG